CUCACUGUUUAAAUCCAACCGCCAGGUGGCGACAUUCACCAUCCUGUAUAAUGGCAAUAAAGAGAAAAUGGAAACCGGUACAUAAACCUACCAGUUAACCGCAGCCCAGUUCAAAAUACCGAGGAUUUUGAGAAAACAGCGGUGGCAUUCGACGUGGGGAUUUGAACCCUCUUCCGAAAGAAAUGCUGAGCGGAAUAAGACCCCUGUGCGGCAGUGCAAAGAUGGAGUUGAGGGGAGUCUGUUAUGUGUUGUUGACCUGUCUAUUCUACACGUCCUCUGCUGACAAAGAUUUCUUCACUUCCAUCGGUCAGAUGACCGAUCUGCUGUACACAGAGAAGGACCUGGUCACCUCUCUGAAGGAUUACAUCAGAGCUGAGGAGGACAAACUAGAGCAGGUCAAAAAGUGGGCUGAGAAGCUGGAUGUGUUGUCGGCCACAGCCACUCAGGACCCAGAAGGCUUCCUGGGCCACCCGGUCAACGCCUUCAAGCUGAUGAAGAGGCUCAACACAGAGUGGGGAGAGCUGGAGAACCUGGUCCUCAAGGACAUGUCUGAUGGGUUCAUCUCUAACCUGACCAUCCAGAGACAGUACUUCCCCAAUGAUGACGACCAGACGGGGGCAGCCAAGGCCCUGAUGAGGCUUCAGGACACCUACCGGCUGGACACACACACCAUCUCCUCAGGGGAGCUUCCUGGAACCAAUAAGGAUGUCGCUAUGAGCCCUAUGACAGUGGAGGACUGCUUUGAGCUGGGGAAGAUCGCCUACUCUGAUGCCGACUACUACCACACAGAGCUGUGGAUGGAGCAGGCCCUGAAACAGCUGGACGGGGGAGAGGAGUCCAGCGUGGACAUGGUAACCAUCCUAGACUACCUCAGCUACUCCAUCUACCAGCAGGGGGAGCUAGAGAGAGCCUUGGACUACACCAAGAGACUACUCAAAUUGGACUCUGCCCACCAGCGAGCCAACGGAAACCAGAAGUACUUUGAGUACCAGCUGGCCAAGCAGAACAAGGUGGAGGAGGAGGAGGGCCAGAAGGAGAAGGAGAAGAGAGAGCGGGAGAAGAGAGAGGCAUCUGACAAGAAGGGCAGACCUGCAGACUACCUGCCUGAGAGGAGGAAAUAUGAACAGCUGUGUCGUGGCGAAGGCAUCAAGAUGACCCCGCGUCGCCAGAGUCGUAUGUUCUGUCGUUACUCUGACAACAACCGCCACCCCCUGUACGUGCUGGGUCCCGUCAAGCAGGAGGACGAGUGGGACCGCCCACGCAUCAUCCGUUACCACGACAUCCUCUCCAACAGCGAGAUCGAGAAGGUCAAAGAGCUUGCCAAACCCAGGCUGCGCCGGGCCACCAUCUCCAACCCCAUUACUGGUGUACUGGAGACCGCCCACUAUCGCAUCAGCAAGAGGCGUACCACUGUGCAUGACCCCCAAACUGGGAAACUCACUACAGCCCAUUACAGAGUCUCCAAGAGUGCAUGGCUAACUGCCUACGAAGAUCCAGUAGUGGACAAGAUAAACCAGCGCAUUGAGGAUAUCACUGGCUUGAAUGUCAAGACUGCAGAGGAGCUACAGGUGGCAAAUUACGGCGUGGGCGGGCAAUACGAGCCCCACUUUGACUUUGGACGGAAAGAUGAACCGGAUGCAUUUAAGGAGCUGGGCACCGGGAACCGUAUCGCCACCUGGCUCAUUUACAUGAGUGACGUGCCUUCAGGGGGAGCCACUGUCUUUACUGAUGUGGGAGCUGCAGUGUGGCCCAAAAAGGGAAGUGCAGUGUUCUGGUAUAACCUGUUUGCCAGUGGAGAGGGUGACUACAGCACGCGGCACGCGGCCUGCCCAGUCCUAGUGGGCAACAAGUGGGUGUCUAACAAGUGGAUGCACGAGCGAGGCCAGGAGUUCAGAAGACGUUGCACUCUGAACGAGUCAGAAUGAUCAAACGGAAUACGCUUUUCUCCUCUCAUCCCUCUUCCUGGACCCUCCUGACUCUUGGCUCUGUGGGCUGUGAAGUGCCCUCUGACCUCUCGUCCUGCUCUCCAAAACUCAGUGUUCACUGAGGCUCUGGCUGCUCAUGUGAUGUCACAUUUGUUUGUAGUUGAAGUGUGUGUGAGUGGUUCACCAGUGGGUCCGAAGCGCUUCGCUCCCAGUCUGUGCCUUCCGUCAUGGGUUUUGCACAGCUGUCUUAACCUGAGGAACUUUUUUUAUUUCAUUCUCACCCUUAACAGGGACUUUGAUACAAGAUACUAAGUUAAUUAGAGCAAGCAACACAGCUGCUUCUCCCUUUCAACUUCCUACACAUUACAUGUUUUGGUGUGCACUACUCUUUUCCUCUACCUGAAACACUCCUUUGAACCAUCACUCCAAUCCCUUCCUCCACUCCUUUGAACCAUCACUCCAAUCCCUUCCUCCACUCCUUUGAACCAUCACUCCAAUCCCUUCCUCCACUCCUUUGAACCAUCACUCCCUUCCUCCCCCACUGCUUCCCAGCACACAGAUGACCGAGACCAGUUAUAAAUGCACUGUCACUGUCCCCCUCUCCCUCAUCAACAGGUCAGAAUCAGAUGACCCCACAUAUCAGACCUUCAACUUCAAUGGGGGGACAACCCAAUGAUCCUGUAAUCAGGGGUUGAUGUUGGCCAGAGCCACAAAAAUGGAUGUUCUAACAGGUGUCGGGUUGGACUGGGGCUAGAUAGAGGGCUCAUGGGAAGGAUGGAGGUUUAUUGGUUGGUUGCACUAUGACAAUCAGGGUUAGUUAUUAGGAUGAUACUAUAUGCAGGCCAGGCUUCUAAAUUAUGACCGUUGUAGUUGUUUAUGCGCCUUAAAAUGUGGCAGUACUACCUGAGGUAUUCGAUAGGAAAGCAUCAAUGUGAGGGCAAAGACUUGUUCUAAUAUUACCAUCAAAAAACAUUAACAUGCUUAGAGUUUUACACAGUACAGUAUGCACAGGGUCUGGGCUAUUAUCACACUUGGGGCAGGUCUCAGAACAGUGACUAUCUAAUACAGUGUUUGAUCCCUAUUGCGGAAGGCAAUGUUUGCAUUCAUGGUAAAUGCUGCAUAUAUCUACAAUGCCAUGUCUGCCACGGGGCAAUAGCCCUGAGGUCAUUCACUCCAGGGCAAACAUUACUGCUGCACAGAUAAACACUGACAUUCAAAGCCACUGUGUCUGAGUCCCUCUGUUCCUCCCGUCUCUCCAACUCCUCUUUCUGCCUUGGUGAAAUACAGCAGUCUAAGUGCUGACUCAUCCGUUUUGUUACAGAAGCAAAGCUCCUACCUGAUCAUUCAUUGGUCUGAUAAUCAAAGGAUUUCAUCAUCUCUGAAUGAAAGAUGGUGCUAAGAAUCAAUAGGAUUAUUAAUCCCAUGCAUCACUCCACAGUUUAAGCCUAUGCUGACCCUGGGAAAUCUGUUAGAGAAUGUGGCUAUAUACACUCCAAAGCAGAAGAGGCUGGUGGGAGGCGAUAGGACGGCUCAUUACGAUGUCUGGAAUGGAAACAACGUGAGCCUAUCCUCCCACCAGCCCCCUCUGCUCCAAGGUGCAGUCCUUAUUUUAUUUGAAAUGUAAUAAUGGGAUGUGUGGCCAGAUAUUGUACAUGUGAGAUUUAAUGUUUUCUAAAUAAAUAAGUGUUCACUGAAGACUA